AUGCUUCAGUACGAGCGUCAGUACGCUGAAGUGGCUCGCCGCAGGACUCUCUUCGAAGUGCAACUGGAGCAAGCGCAGGGGAAUCUCACUGACGACUCCACGUACACCGCCGGACAGUUCCUGGUGGCCAUCUACAUGGUCAACAAGAUGUUCAUACCGAUCGGACCGUCAGUGGCACCAAGUAACGAUAUCGAGCGAAUAGCCUGUCUCUUGGUGAUGAUCACCGGGUGCCUCGUGGUGACUGGAGCUGCCGUGGCCUCCUUGUCUUUGGUCAUCAGCAUCUACAUGAGGCCAGAAGAAGCUUUCCGUGCGAGGUACCGCCUGAUUAUGAAAGAAAUGAAAGAGUCGCACGUGCUUCCUAGUCUACGGGAAAAGGUGGAGACCUUCUACAAGAUGUACUGGCACAAACAAAAGGCUGUAUCAGCCACACAGCUCCUUCCUACUUAUCCCCCCACUCUCCCAGCCACUGUUAACACUGAAAUCUACUUUGAGGCCACGCAAAAGAGUCGCAUCCUCUGUGAUUUGUCCUAUCAGUUUCUGUCUGAAGUGGCGAAGACAAUGAAUACCAUCCAUUACAUUCCCGGUGAUACCAUCAUCAAGAGGACCACUAGAAAGUCUUCCAUCAUUUACAUCACCUAUGGAGAUAUCGAGAUGCUGUCGGCCGAAGACGACAGCACAGCAGUGGUUCGCAUGACGCGCGGCACGGCGGUUGCUGGGUGCGGGGGCAGCGCGGCCGCAGCAUGUGCGCGCGCGCACGUGGAGAUCCGCGCUGCCACCUUCUGCACGGCGCACGCGCUGCACGCGCCCGACCUGUGGCGCGUCGCCAACAAGUACGGCCACGACACCCACCAGACGCAGAUCAUACUGGCUUCUUUUAAUGAACACUUGGAGAGAGUGAAGAAGCACUAUAGCCUGAAAAUUCCUGAAGAUGUCAAGUACAAGAGCAGUAUCUUACACUUCAAAAAGAAUUUGAUGGCUCUGAAGGAAGCCACCGACUCAGAUGGCAAGCUGCUGUUGGACAGAAGGGACAUAUUUCUGGAGAUUGCCGGCUGCUACAUUAUGAGAAAUCGCGCUGAUGGAAGGCAGACUGACGAGGCCGAUGCUAUCUGCCUCCGCUCCACGUUCCCCUGCAUCCUGCAGCCGUGGUCUUCCCUGCAGAUCGCCUGGCACUCCUUCAUGUGCUGUGUCAUUCUCACCGUUUGUUUUACGCACCCCUAUUUCCUGAUUUUCAAGAAGACGGUGCCUUUGGAAUUUAGAUUCUUUGACUACGUGGUUACGGCGCUCUAUUUGGUUGAUUUGAUCGUGCACCUUUCGACUGGCGCUAACGUUGAAGAAGGAGUGCCCAUAACCUUCGCCCAGACGUCGUCCCAGCAGAUGCGCAGCCACUGGUUCGUGAUAGACGUGGUGGGCACGCUGCCCAUCUUCGAGUGCAUACAGUCUGCUGACCACUUUGCUGGGAUCAACAAAUUGCUUCGGCUGCCGAAGGUGUUCCGAGUGCUCAAGUCCAUGGAGGAGAUGUGCGUGUACAACAGUAACGUGUUACGGUUCAUGUCCUACACCCUGCUGCUAGUCAUCGCGUGCUACCUCAUCGCCUCGAUACAGCAGGGCUUUAUGUGCUUCAGGUUCAACUACUGCCUAGUGGGCAACUUCACGCACCCUCCGUACUGGAAGAACAGCACCCUGGACGAGGAAACCGUGGUGCACCGGCUCAUCUUCGGCCUCUACUGGGCUAUAUCCAUGAUCACCUUUACGACUCACAUGGAGCCGUUUGGAGUGGAGAACUGGCACAGCGUUUUGUACACUAUGGUGGUGCUGGAGAUUUGUAUCGUGCUGCAUAUUUUCAUCGAGGCGGUAUAUUCGGCCACCAUCAUGGUUACUACGGCACUGAGAGAAGACUACGAUUCUUGUAUUGCGAAUGUCAAAGACUUUCUUAUUAGGAAUGAAGUGGAUGAGCAGCUCAGACAAAGGUUUAUCACUUACUUGCAGCUAUGCUGGUAUACGGAUAAGGCGUACUCAAUGACGAAUAGAAAGACCUCGAUCUUCUACGACCUGCCUCCUCACGUGUACCAGAACAUCGUGACCAGACAGAGGAGCAAGUACUUGCUCAGUAUACCCUUUAUGAAGUUACUCAACAAAGAGGAGCUGAAGAAUGUAUCCUCUAAAGCAAAGUUGUUCUACACGACUCCAAACGAGAUCCUCUUAAACACCGGAGACAUCAGCAACGAGAUCUACCUCAUCAAACAGGGCAUUUGUGAGAUUGUGGAUCCUGACACAAAAGAAGUGGUAGGGUCUCUCGGCGUGAAAAGCCACUUUGGUGUUCUCGAGUGCUUACUGCGUGUACCAGCUUACUACACCGUGAGAGCGGUGACCCACGUGCAGGUGUUCACGAUCUCGACGAAAGUGCUGUCCAAGGCCAUGAGGCUGCCCAAGAUCAAGGAUGCGGUUGAAUUCGCUAAGGAGCAACCCGAGUUCGGUCGGCUGGCAGUGAGACGCGAGUCGUUCCUUCGCUACGAGGCGCCGGAGAAGGCGCCCAACAUGAUGCGGUUCCGACUCCCGCGCAAGUACGAGGAGGACUUCGCGUUCCUGCAUCCCUUCAACAGGCUCGGAUACUUUUCUAUACUCAGAUACAUAUUCCCGCGCUUCACCAUCCGUCCCGACGGCGACUACCUGUUGCGCUACGAGUGGUGCCGCGCCUUCUGCGCGCUGCUGUCCGCCAUCGUGUUCCCGUCCUACUCCUACCUGGUGCUGCAGUGGCCCGGCCUCUACUACUUCUCCUGGCUGCUGGACUUAUCUGCUUACUUCGACAUAUUACAGCGCAUGCUGGUAGGCUACUUCAACGAGCAAGGCGUAUUAGUAUACCAUCCCACCAGUACCGCGGCGCACUACGUGAAAGGUGCUUUCUUCGCCGAUAUGAUGGCCUGCAUGCCUCUGGAGUUCCUCGAGUCUCCUCACAGGGAGUCAUUUGAGAAUAACUACAGACUGACGCAGUCCCGGCAGCUGCUGAUGCUGAACCGGCUGCUGCAGCUGUACCGGCUGCCCAGCGCCAUGAUCGCGCUCGAGAACAAGAUCGGGAGGAGGGACUUGCUGCUUGUGCUCAAAGCAAUUCCUCUGUUCCUGGCACUGCUGAACGCCCUGACCUGCUUCAUGGUUUUCAAUUCGGUGAACAUCUUCCACUCCGAGAACAGUGACAGCUGGCUCAUAGUACCGCUAGCGGACCAAGGCGGUCGCUUCAACAUGACGGAGACACCGUUCAACCUGCACCUGGCGACGCACUUCUGGGUGGUAUACGAGACCACCACCACCGGCUACAACAGCUUCAACCCCAGCAACUUCCAGCUCAUGGAGAUACUCUUCGUGGGGAUGGUCAUUGGCGCGAUGAUCACGACGUACUUCUCGGUGCGCAUCAUCAGCAUCCGCGCCAACGUGAACAAGGAGCUGGCCGCCUACCAGGAGCACAUCAAGGACAUCCUCGUCUUCAUGCGCCGGGAGAAACUUAACAAGAAGCUGCAGAAGGAAGUGAUCAGUUACUACGAGUACAACUGGGACAAGAUGGGCGGAGUGGACUACACCAACGUUCUGAAGCUGUGCGACCAGAUCACACUGCGCACCGACGCCAUACUGCACAUCUACGGACCUGUUUUCGCUAGGUGCCCUCUUCUCUCUGACUGUGACGUGUCACUCUUGCGCAUGGUGGGGCGAGCGGUGCGCAGCCUGUAUUUCCUGCGGGACAUGCGCCUGGUGGAGGAAAAUGACGUCAUCGGCUGCAUCUACUUCGUCGACUACGGCUCCGUCGACGUGCGCAUGUCCUCCGAAACCGAGCCCAGUGCUGACUCCACUGUUAUAGCCAAGCUUACACGCGGCAGUGUGUUCGGCAACCUGGAGAACGCCACGACAGUGCGCUGCCCGGUGUCCAUCGUGGCGUCGUCGCGCACGCACGUGUUGCAGAUCAAUGCGGCCGCCUUCCACCGCAUCAUCGCCGACUUCCCUCAAGUCGCCGACACUAUGCAGCAGUACCGCCAGCAAAACGAGAACUACAUUAUAGCUGCUGAAGAGUCGCAGAAACGUAAGCCCAGCCUUGCCGCGAUCCUGUUCACAUCGCGCGAGGGCAUCAGCCAAGUCUACUUCGACGACGAAUACGUUCAGCUCUACCUCAUCAUCGUGUCCUUGUCCUGCAUCUAUGCGGACCUUUACAACGCCGGCUUCCAGAACAAUAGCAUGCCGCUGAUCAUAGUGCUGUAUGCUCUGGACGUUGGGUUUUACUUGAAGAUUCUGAUGCAAUACUCGCUGCCACAUAUUAUGCCGGAGCGUAUGAAAUCGACGUUUCUGCCUUUAAGACGUGUGACGGUGUACAACUGCCUGAAGAAGCACCACUCGCACAUCACGGUGAACCUGACCCUCAGCACGGUUUUCUCGGUGCUAGUGUGGUUCACUCUGUUCGUGCACACCGCCGCGUGCCUCUGGCACUUCAUCAGCUUGAUCGAAGAUAAUGCCAAGGCUAACUCGUCCUGGAUAUACAAUGAUUCUGGUGGCAGCUUGUGCCAUAACCUCUACGUAUGCUCCGUGUAUUUCGUUCUGACUACGUUCACGCAGAACGGUGUUGGAGAUAUCAUGCCAAAGAACCAUGCUGAGGUGCUGUUCGUGUCGAUCCUGCAGAUCAUCUCGACGCUGGUGUACAUGGUGUACGUGGGCGAGUUCUCCAACAUCAUCCAGUUCCAGUCCUUCAGGUCCUUCAGCUUCUACUGCAAAUAUCUGGAGCUGCAAGAGUUCCUGAAAAACAACCGCGUAUCCAAGAACCUGGUGACGGUGGUGAACCGCUACACGUUGCACCUGUGGCAGGAGGCGCGCGGCGUGCAGGUGCCGCACUUCCUGCAAGCCGCGCCGCAGGGGCUCAAGCUGCGCGUCAUGUCUGCUGCCUACAUGCACCAUCUGAAGGAGAAUCCUGUAUUCGAAGAAUGCGAGCCGGCGUUCCUGCGGCAACUGGUGGGAUGUCUGAAACUCUACACGUACAACGAAGGUAUGUACGUGGUGAAGGAGUCUGAGAUUACGGACUCUAUAUACAUGAUCCACACAGGGCGGGUAAUGGAGACAAGCGCAGCUUCUGGGGACCUCAAGACCGUUACGGAUUGCUUCGGACUGGAACAAGGGCUAAUCUACAAUUACCCGUUUAAAUAUUCUUACAAAACCAUCAUUAAGUCUCAAGUGUUAACUCUUUCACUCAAUGACUGGGAGUAUCUCCUGGACCACUUCCCAGAGAGCAAAGGGUUCAUCUACAAAUAUCUCAAAAAAGAUGACGAUGACUCGCAAAGGCCCGGAAGGACUAAUUUAGGAUCCAUGAGAUCAAGCUCAUUGUCUGGUUCCUAUCGAACAAGUUAUAAAGGCCCGCUGCCACCAUCGGCGCAUAGAUCUUCUACAAGAAUUAGUAGGUUGUCCUCCCAGCCACCACCACCACCACCAUCCCCACCCCCAUCACCACCGAUCGAUUAUAAAUUUUCACCUAUGGCUGGUCCACCAUCAGGCCCAACGACACCAUCAGUAAAAACCGAUAUACCGCUCGCAGAAAUGGCGCCGACCGCCACCGAAGCGCAUCACGAUCUAUCACCAAUGCCGUCUACCUCUGCCGCCGCCGGUGGUCUCAGUACGACAGUUACGACCGAUCCGGAAAUUAGUACCUCGCCUCAACAAGCACCUGAUAUAGCCCCAUCCAAGACCGAUAUGCUAUCAAGGACAACAACAAUGACAACACUCAAAAUAGGUCUAUCAGAUACUUCUGUAUCACAUUCAUCUCUAGAUGAAAAGCCUCAACCUGCUUCGAGACCAUCUAGUGAUGUAGGCACCAUUCGGGCCCAAGUAUCAUCCUUACAAGUUUCGCCUGAAAAAACAUCACUAGAUACCAAGCCCGUGGUUACUGAACCUUUGAUACAGACACAGGUAGACCUACCAGAAUCAUUAACAGAGCCAAUCGUGGCGCACCCGUAUUCUAAUAUUUCCCUUAAAAUUACUGAGUUACCUCCAUCAACAUCUAAAAUAACAACUCCACCAGCCAGUACGUCUAAAAUAACGACUCCACCUGCCAGCACGUCUAAAAUAACGACUCCACCCGCCAGCACGUCUAAAGCAGGCUUAAGGUCAACUUCGUCCCGUGGUAUGCUGAUAAGCGAACCCAUUGAUGACGAUGCAGACAAUGAAUUAAAACCUGAGGAGAUGCAAUUCAUAUGGCCUAUGGAUAGUAGGCAUUCGGCAGCAAUGAUUAAAUUUGCACCACCCAAAGACUUAAAUGAAAGUCCAGAAAGGAAUGACAUCGAUAGAACAAAAUCUUUAAGAUCAGUACAGUCGCAACAAUCGAGUCUAAUAGACAGCGGAAUCAAACGAGGACCAAGAGAUGUCGAUGACGCGUUACAAGAUUCUAUGACUUUAAUAGACAAAGUAGAGAAAAAAGCAAAAAAACUGUUUCUGCGUAGAAAGGAUAGUGAACUGGAUUACGUGGACAGCGACGAAUCCAGCGACAAAGAUACAUUACUUUUAGAGGAGGAUGAAGAGGCAACGGCGGAUUUACUUGCACAAAUUAAAAAACGUAGUCAUAGUAAAGAUGGAUCCGCAGACCCAGAUAUGACUGAGAUUGUGGCAGUUGAUGAGGCACAGGCGGUUGAUGUAAAAUCCGAAGUGUUUGAACUGAAACCUCAAACUAUAAGGAUUCAGGAGCCCCCGGGGGCCACAGACGACACAUUGGCGGUCGUCCCUUAUGAUAGUAAAGCUGCGGCCUCGUCAUCGAAACAUUUGGAGCUCGGUGAACAGGAAACACCGUCUACUGUCGCAAGAAAGAAGUCUGUUCAUUACAAAGAAGAAAGCCACGUGAUCUCUGACAGUGAUGAACAUAGUCCUUCCGAGCAUAGCUUAGAUAUGGAUAAACCUAAAGAUUAUAAAUCUAAAAACAAAAAAUAAUAUUUUGAAUGUACACGAUUCAUAGCUUUUUGUUUUAUGUAGUUGAUAGAUAAUACAGUUCUAUUAGUAAACGU